AUGGAUGCUAGUUAUCUCUCUCAGCAGGUCAACACCAUUAUUGGCCAGCUGCAUGGCCUUUUCGACGAGAUUGGCGUUCCCAGCCAUGAUCGCGAAAGUAGAGAAGCAGAUCUCUUCUCAGCCCUAUCCGAGACAUUGAACAAUCAUGUCAAAGCCGUGUCGGGAGAGAAAAAGGAGAUGGUCGACGAGGCUGAACGGAUAAUCACCAUAAUACGUCAGAUGGAGUCGUCACUCGAUGACUCCAGAUCGCAACGCAACCACCACUCCGGCGACGACGAGCUGCAAGUCACAUACCCCCUGACGCAAUGCCUGAGUUCGUUGAAAGAGAAGCAUAAACAAAUCAGCAAGCUUCAUCGCGAGCGGUUUGAACAAGUCAAGAAGCUUGUACAAGCGCUGGAGUCCUACUCGUCGCAUCUCGAGUCCACCUUCGUGAAGAUCGCAUUGCCACCCACAGGACCGAAUCAGUCCCUGCCGCCGACCUUCGAUCUGUCUCCUUCAUACGUCGACAAGCUGGAUGACGAGUUCACUAGAGUUUAUGAGGAAUACACUCGCCGGGUUGGGACAGUGAAGGCCCUGUCGGAAAACAUCAUCCAGCUAUGGGCAGAGCUGGGAACGCCACAGGCCCAAACCGACAGCGCCAUUGUCAAGUACUACCGAGACGCCCCUGAGCAGCUUGGCUUACACGCAGACGAUCUUGCACGUCUUCGGGGCAAGAGGGACAAGCUAGCCGAGGAGAAGAAGAACCGGGAGAGGCGCCUCAAGGAUCUUAAGAUGUCCGUGGAAGCCCUCUGGGCGAAGCUUGGCAUUGACGAGUCGGAGCGGAAAUCCUUCUUGAACGCCAACCGUGGCUGUGGUGUUCGCCAGAUCAAUGAGUUUGAGGACGAAUUGGCGAAACUGAACGAGCUCAAGCGCCAGAACAUGGGUUUGUUUGUCGAGGAUGCGCGAUUCAAGCUCCAGGAGCUAUGGGACGCAUUGUAUUUCUCCGAGGAUGAAAUGCUCGAGUUUACUCCGGCUUUCUCUGAAGUCUACAGUGACGCACUCCUCGAAGCCCACGAACGCGAAAUUUCCCGACUUGAGGCUCUGAAGGAACAACGGGCACCCACCCUGGCAAUGAUCGACCGGCACCGAACUCUCGUCCACGAUCGAGAUGAGCUUGCUGCGUCCAGCCAGGAUGCAUCCAGACUCAUGAUGCGCGGUCAGAAGGGAGAAAGGCGGGACCCUGGCAAAUUGCUGCGUGAAGAGAAGCUGCGAAAACGGAUUGCUAAAGAGCUGCCGAAGCUCGCGGCGGAUCUAGCCAAGACGCUGGCCUACUGGGAAGAUGAGUACGGCCGCCCUUUCCUCGUCCACGGUGAGAGGUACCUGGACCUGCUGGAGCCGGAGGCUCCCAAGCCCACCCCGGGCCCGCGAGCCAAGACACCCGCAGGCCCUCCACCAUCGACGACUAAAUUUCAGAAGUCGGCACCACCUAGCCGUGGAAAUAGCACUGCAAGCCGAGCAGCUACCAUCACAAGGUCGAAGACGCCGACGGCGAACGGAAACGGAAACGGCACUAUCAGAAGAAUGCCACCUCCUAGCCAGUUACCUAGGGACCCUAAGGCUAGUCCUUCGAGGAUCCCGGCGCGGGCGCCUCUUUCCAACCUCAAGCAUGGAAAUAAUUCUCCUGAAAGGCAACGACCAGAAUCCCAAGCCCAGGGCACCCUACGAGGCAAUCUUUUGCGGGCGCCACCUCCCAAGAUGAGGGAGCUUUUACCUGCUAUUGAGUUGGAAACCCCGACGAAUCCAUACCGAGGUACUGACCUCGGCUCCAGUUCCAGUACCCACGUCCGGGCCGUGGUGCCGGAAGACGUGUACGAUGACCGGAACUCGUACCAAACUUAUGCGAGACCUCAACCCUUCCACCACGACUCGUACACAUCGGUUCGCAGUGAGCGACUAGCGCAGUCGACUUACCCGCAAGCGCCUCCGCCGAGACAGAUUUCGAAUACUUCGACAGUGAUAUCAGGCUCAGAGAACUGGGAGACAUACGAUGACAAUUCGGAACCUGAACCGGACGCGUCGGACGCAUACUAUGAGAAGGUACGAGCUGCAAGGGGGAAGCGUUUCACGCCGGAAGACGGGUACGCGCGCCCUCAGACGAGUCAGGCUAAGCGCCACCGGGGCAUACCCCCUUCCAUGCAUGCUGGUAAUGUCAUGAUUGACGCCGAGGGCAACCGGAUCAUUUCAGGGAGCGAGUGGACCGACGAGGACGCCUUUUGA